AUGGUCGGUCUUCAGCAACUCGCACUCGCUCUGGGAGUAAUCUUCCCCGCGGUCUUUGGUUCGCCGAUUGCUUCUGCUCCCCAGCAGAAGCGCGAGGUUGUCCCUGGCAAGUACAUCGUCACUCUCAAGAGCGGCGCUGCUGUCAGCUCUCUCGAGUCCCACAUCAACUGGGUUACCGAUGUUCACCGCCGUAGUCUGAGCAAGCGCAACACUGCCGGUAUCGAGAACACUUACAACAUCAGUGACUGGAAUGCCUACGCCGGCGAAUUCGACGAGGCCACCCUUGAGCAGAUCAAGGCGAACCCUGAUGUCGAGUCGGUUGAAGAGGAUCUGGUCAUGUACCUCUGGGGUGCUGAGGACAGCAAGGUCGCCGAGCGCGCAUUGACGACUCAGAGCGGCGCGACCUGGGGUCUCGGAACGAUCUCCCACCGUACUUCGGGCUCGACAAGCUACGUCUACGACUCGACCGCAGGCCAGGGUACAUACGCCUACGUCGUUGACAGUGGUGUUUUGGCCACCCACAGCCAGUUCGGCGGCAGAGCUACCCUCGGAUACAACGCCGUUGGUGGGUCUCACGUUGACGACCUUGGCCACGGUACCCACGUGGCUGGUACCAUCGGAGGCUCCACUUACGGUGUAGCCAAGAAGACCAAUAUCAUCUCUGUCAAGGUUUUCCAGGGAGCCACCGGAAGUACUUCGACCAUUCUGGCAGGAUUUAACUGGGCUGUCAACGACAUCACCUCCAAGGGCCGCGAGGGCAAGUCGGUGAUUAACCUGUCGCUCGGUGGCCCGGCUCAAUCGACCUGGACCACCGCUAUCAACGCUGCUUACAACUCUGGUGUCCUGUCCGUCGUCGCCGCCGGUAACGGAGAUGACUUCGGAAACCCUCUCCCGGUUUCCGACCAGUCGCCCGCCAAUGCCCCGAACGCACUGACUGUCGGUGCCAUUGACUCCCGCUGGCGCCCGGCUUCCUUCACCAACUACGGUGCCGGAGUUGAUAUUAUGGCCCCUGGUGUCAGCAUUCUCUCUUCCUACAUUGGCUCCAACAGUGCCACCUCGAGCUUGAGUGGUACCUCGAUGGCCUGCCCUCACGUUGCUGGCCUUGCCUUGUACCUCCAGGCUCUCGAGGGAUUGAGCACCCCUGCCGCCGUGACCAACCGUAUCAAGGCUCUUGGUACUUCUGGAGGCAUUACUGGAACCUUGAGUGGUAGCCCCAACUUGGUGUCCUACAACGGCAACGGUGCCUAA